ACAAACAUGCCUUCCCCAGACCUGCCUUUCUGAAGACAGAGCCAUGGGAACUAGCAUGAGUGACUAGAUUUGUCUUCUGAGGAUAUUAGCUGGAAAUUGAAGAGAAAUUGAUGCCAACAUGGAAUCCUCUAAGAUAACCUUGUGGUCCAGAGAUGGGCCAUGACAGUCUCCAAAAUAAAAGGCCUAAUUCACUGGGGAGAAGCUCCUGCACGUCUCGUAUGUACAGCAGGUGUUGAGACCCCAGUGCCUGGAACUCCCCAUGAGGGACCACAGGGACAGUGUGGGCUCAGCCCUGGCUUUCUGCUUGGUCUUCAUCUCUGCCUGUGGCCUAGUCUCCCCCGUCUGGUUCCAAAGUGAUAUCUUUUCUUUUGGACUCUUUGCCUCAUGCUCCUGGCCUGUGGGUAAAGCCUGGAACCAGACCUGUGUGGCUUACAGGACCCUGGACGACAUACCUGACCUGGCCUGGAAGGCCUCAGCUGCGCUGCUUCUGGGAGGCUGGCUCCUGCUGGCCUUGCGGGCCCUGCUCCUCCUCUCCUGGACUAUCCUCCCUAAGGACUUCUGCCCCAUGAAAGAGCGCAUCCCAACCCAGUACAUACAAGUAGCAUCUGUCAUCGCCACUCUCAUGGGCCUGUUGCUUUUUCCAUUCAGCCUGGCCUCCCAGGUUGCUCAGGACGCCUGCGGUCCUUCGGCCGUGUACAGCAGUGGUCGGUGCCACCUGGGCUGGGGCUACAUCACCGCCAUCUUGGCUCUGGUCUUCACCAGCUUCUUGCCCAUCGUCUGGAGAUUCCAAGGAGACGAGACCCGGGAGAAGAUUCUUUUCUCUAGCAUCACUGAAAGAAUUGUCUUCAUUUCAAAUAGAUAAUGUCCAGCUUCUCCGCAAGUUACUGCUUCCUGCUGCCACCUAGUGGCUGCAGUGCCUCCUGCAAUAUGGACCUCUGCCCAGGGAUGAGGGUAAGGAUGAAUUCCUUAAGAGGCAGCAGGCCUGCCCCUAAUUCGCUGUGAGAUCUUGGGCCAUUCACCUGCCCUCUGGGCCAAACAAUAGGCGUGGACAAGUCUGAGGCUCCUAACUUGAGGUCCAUGGACCAUGACUUCAGAUAGAAUUUAUGGGGUCUAUAAACUUGGAUGGGAAAAAAUUCUAUUAUUUCACUAACCUCGAAUUCAGAUUUGCCAUUUCCUUCAUU